ACACAAUAAUGUCACGUCAUUACUCCAGGGUCCUCAAGUCCACGGGGUGUCGCUAUUUAGGUCGGAACGAAUGUCUGAAAUGAAGCGGGCCACAAUUGAACGACGCACCUCCAAUAUUUCCGGCCAGUUCAGCGCGUCAGUGUUGUCAAAUCAAGAGCGGAGCAGGAGCCUGUCAGUUCAGCUGGACCCCUCAUUGUUAUCUAAUACUGCGAGCUCUUUAGAGUAUUCUGCACAAAAAAUGGUUCUGCUGACAAUGAUUGCUCGGUUGGCGGACGGGCUGCCGCUCGCCGCGUCAAUGCAAGAAGACGAACAGGGGAGUGUCAUCAUCCUGAAUGCCCCUGAUUGGGGGAAUGAAUGCCCUGAUCAGUAACUGAACAUUAUGAUCAGAGAAAUUGUUAGCCAGGGAUGUCCUGGAUGGGAUAGAGAAGCAGAUUCCCUCCUUCCUGGGGUUGAAGUUCAGUGGUAGUGACCUGCUGGACUUUGGCCAGUGUGUCAGUUACUGUCCGUCGGACUGCUCAGUCCUUUAUGACGUGGAUGAGGUAAAAAAAAAAAUAAAAAAAACCCACAUAACACACAAUUAGACCUGGAACGGUACAGGGGAGAUGGGAAAGGGAAGAGUUACAGCAUUUGGAGUUGUGGGGGUGGGUGGGGCGACGGUAGGGGUGGAGGGAUGGAUGCAGACCUGCGAAAGACUGGAAGAAAAGGGGGAGGAGGAGGAGGGUGUGGCUUUUGGAUGGGAGAACAGAGGGACCGAGCAGCGGGAGAGCAGUUCUACUGCAAGUUGGAGUUGUUCCAGAUCCUUCCGCGAACACUCUUUGGAAGUUUUAAUCGGCGGCCGAUGGCAGUCAUGCGGACGGACCGGGCCCUGCCCUGGUUCUGGUUCUGGCUCUGGUUCUGGUUCUGGUUCGGGCUCAGUAUCUGCGGCGACGACCCGGAGCAGACGACGCCUGGGCCCGGGCAGAGUUGUGACGGGACCACGGGGGGACGGUGCGACAGGAACCUCUCUUGCGUGCCUGACUACACCCCAGAUCCAGGGGAUGAAGCCGGGGCUGGAGUCUGCGUCCGGGUAACCCCGCCUGCAGGCUGCGUCCCCUGUUCAGAGGUGGAGUGUUCGUUGAAGAACUGGGAGUGUCCGGGGGGUUACGUCAUCGACCCGUGCGGCUGCUGCCCGCACUGCGCGCGACAGCGGGGCCAGAUGUGUGGGGGCCCCCACUGGGGGAGGGGCUACUGCGACAGGGGCCUCACCUGCGCCCUCAUCCUGGGAAACGCCCCCGCCACGCCCCCAGAAACCGGGGUCUGCAAAGCUCUCCCAGGGACCCAGAGAUACCCCUGGGUGGACAAGCAGUGCCCCUGGGUGUGGGGGUGCAACGUGAGGAUGUCGUCCUGCGACUGCUACGGCGAGCAGACCUGCCACAGGGUCUUCAGAUACCGCCACCUGCAGGACUGCCGGAAAGUCAUGGAGGAGGACAGGCUGUACGAGAUGGAAAUUAUAGAAAAGAUGGAAAGAGGAGAAGAAGAAGAAGAGUGGACCUGCAUGUUGAUGGGCUGCAAGGUCCAGGAGGACCGGUGCGUGUGCCAGAUGGGAAGCUGUGGAUCGCAACUCUCCAGGGGUGAAUGUGAAAAGGAGCUGAAGCGGCUCAGGUGCGCCAGUGUCACCUGCCCCGUUGUUCCAGUCCCUUCCUGUCCCCCAGACUCCUUCCUGACAAAGCCUUACAUUCCUCUGCAUCAGUGCUGCCCCCAGUUGCCUGCACUGUGUACCUGCGACUUCGAGAAAUGCCCCGCCAAGCCGCCAGACUGCCCUCCAGGCCAUCGUGCCCACAUUGUCACCAGGGGCAACGGUCGCCCGGGCAACUGUUGCCAUCGUUACCUGUGCAGACCGGGAGAGGAGUCCGCUACACAGAACAGGGAUGAGGAAGAGGAAUGAACGCACCCCAUGUUGUUGGACUCGCAAAAGGACUCCACAGCAGUCCCACUGACUACAGUUUGAACCAGUUUGCAUAGUUUUUUUUUAUGCACAGUUGCAAUAACUACCAUUGUCAGUAUAAUUUCUGUAUGUUUAUCUGCUGUUUUUACAUAUUUUUAUUCAGAUCAUGAUAUUUAAGGCAAUUACGCUUGCUUGUUGGCCUACUAUUACUCCAUAAAUAUUACAAAACAAUAGUUUUAUAUGUGGCCAGUUUAUUGUUAUCUCUGUAUUAUUAACUAUUUGCAUUUUGUAUUUUUAUCUUUCUGCAUGAUUACUGUCUCUUAGAGAACAAGUUGCAACUUUAAAGAAAUCAAUAUGAAAACCUAGGCUGAUAUGGGGAAUCAAUGGUUUCAUCCAAGCGGCCAAAACCAGA